AUGGAUUUGCGUAAAAGGCUCUGGAGUAUCUCAGCAGUUCUCGGCUUAGUGCUUAUUGCCACUGAACGCUCACAGUGUAAAAUAGAGUGGGAGGUCCCGCGCUCGGAUGGCUGGUACAACAGUUUGGGAUAUCCCAAACGCGGAGCGGUUGGUUCACAUCUAGUGCGUCUAGUGCCCGCGCAUUACUCGGACGGUGUGUACCAGCCCGUUCAGGAGCCGCAGCUGCCAAACCCUCGUAGACUCAGCCGUCUGCUCACUGAGGGCCCCCCCGGACUGCCCUCAACACGCAAUCAAACUGUGCUGUCUGUGUUUUUUGGGUAUCAUGUUGCUUUUGAAAUUUUUGACUCAAGACCCCCUGGGUGCCCUCCUGAGUUCAUGAAUAUCCAAAUCCCAAAAGGAGACCCUAUUUUUGACCCCUGGGGCACCGGCAACGUUCUUCUUCCCUUCCAGAGAGGACCAUGGGACAAGGAGUCCAGCCAGAGUCCCAAUAAUCCUCGUAUACAGGUCAACCUGGUGACAGCUUGGAUAGAUGGCAGCUCCAUCUAUGGUCCCUCGACUUCCUGGUCUGACUCCUUGAGGAGCUUCUCUGGAGGGCUCUUGACUUCAGGCUCUGAGUGGAACAUGCCAAAGCAGGGUGGGGGGCGCUACCUCAUGUGGAGCGCUGCCGACCCCUCCACAAGGGAGCAUGGACCUGAGGGCCUCUACGAGUUGGGAAAUGCGUGGGCCAAUGAGAACAUGUUCACGGCAGCAGAGGGGAUUAUCUGGUUUCGCUACCACAAUUAUGUUGCCUCCAAACUGCAUAAGGAACACCCAGAGUGGUCAGACGAAACCCUCUUUCAAAACGCCAGGAAGACCGUGGUGGCCACGUUCCAGAAUAUUGCUGUCUAUGAGUGGCUGCCUGGAUAUCUUGGAAACAAAACGCUUACUCCUUAUCCAGGCUAUCAGAAGUUUGUUGAUCCAGGGAUCUCUCCUGAGUUUCAGGCUGCUGCCAUACGCUUUGGCAUCACUAUGGCCCCCCCUGGUGUUUACAUGAGGAACAGAACGUGCCAAUUCCGGAAGAUUAUCAACAUAGAUGAGACUUUAUCACCUGCAUUGCGUCUUUGUAACAGCUUCUGGAAGCGACAGAGUCCCAAUAUGAAGUCAGGCCAGGACGUCGAUGAGCUCAUCAUGGGCAUGGCCUCCCAGAUUGCAGAGAAAGAAGACAAUGUUGUUGUGCAAGAUCUGAGAGACUUUAUGUACGGUCCCCUGAGGUUCACCCGCUCUGACCUGGUGGCCCUGACUGUCCAGAGAGGGAGAGACUUUGGCCUCUCCAGCUACAAUAAGGUCAGGCAGGCUUUGGAUCUGACUCCUGUAAAGACUUUUGAAGAAAUAAACUCUGACCUCAGCCGCACCAACCCACAGUUGUUCCGGGAUAUUUCAGACCUGUACAACGGAGAUAUCUCAAAACUGGAACUCUUCCCUGGAGGACUGCUGGAGUCUCUCGAUGGUCCAGGUCCAGUUUUCUCCUCCAUUAUCCUCGACCAGUUCGAGCGCAUCAGGAACGGCGACCGCUUCUGGUUUGAGAACAGGCAGAACGGUUUGUUCACAGAGGAGGAGAUCCGCAAGAUCCGCAAUGUGACAUUUCAUGACGUCCUCAUUGCAGUCACCAGUGCAGAGGCUGCUGACAUUCAGAAAAAUGUGUUCUUUUGGAGAGAUGGUGACCCCUGUCCUCAGCCUGUACAAGUGACUGCAUCGAUGCUCCACCCCUGCACUAAUGCCACCAAGCUGGACUAUUUUGAUGGGAGCAAAGCUGGUUUUGGCAUAUUUAUAAUCGUCCUCUUCCUCUUUCCUGUUGUGAGUUUCAUAGUGGCCUGUAUGGUGGCAUUUUUCCGCAAGUACAGGUACAGGAAGUUCCAAAAGAGGAGAAAAGCGGUCGACCGCACAGAGGAGCCUGCUGUGGGAAUCCUGGCCUAUGAGUGGCAGGGCGCUAAGAAACCUCUGCAUCCUGUCAGUGUGGAGGUGGAUGAGAAGAGGAGGCUGCAGGUGUUUGACAGGACUGGGCCCGCUCUCCGCUGCCUCAGUCUGGGCAACCAGGCCUACCUAGAUGUGCUGCUUGCCAACGACUGGCACCAUAAAGCCCUGCUGCUCAAAGUGCCGAAAGAGUAUGACCUGGUGUUGUUUUUUGAAGAUGAGAACAAGCGUGCAGAGUUUGUCAAGCUCCUGCGCCCUGCAGUGACAGACAUCGGGCAGGAGAUCAGAGUGAAGGAGAUGAGCGAGAGCGAGCUGCUGAAGGAGGCUUUGACCAAGGAGCAGAGAGCUCAGAUUGUGGAGACGUUCAUUAGACACGCGUUCUCUAAGGUCUUGGACAUAGAGAAGCGUGACGCUGGAGACAUGAGCGGCGUGUCCCACAAGAAAGCCAGGGAGGUUCUGCAGUGUGAGCUGACAGCGGCAGAGUUCGCUGAUGCUCUGAGUCUCAAGCCCGACUCCUUAUUCGUGGACUCCAUGUUCACACUCGCUGACAAAGACGGCAAUGGUUACCUUUCCUUCCAAGAGUUUCUCGAUGUAAUGGUCAUCUUUAUGACAGGGUCUCCUGAGGAAAAAUCAAAACUGAUGUUCUCCAUGCAUGACAUUGGUGGAAAUGGUUUCCUGUCAAAAGAGGAAUUUGCCACGAUGCUCAGGUCCUUAAUUGAAAUCUCCAACGGUGCACUGUCUAAGAGCCAGGCCGAUGACGGUAUCCAGGCCAUGAUGCAGGCUGCAGGCUUUGACAACAAGGAGAAAAUCACAUGGGAGGACUUCCACUUCCUCCUGCGGGACCACGAGAAAGAGCUGCAGUUCGCCCAGCUUAACGUGAAAGGGAUGGAGAAGCAGGGGAAGAAGCGGCUGAGUCGAGACCAGAGAGUGUCCUUCAUUUGCCCAGCAAACAGCACCAAGACAGAUGGACAUGAGAUACGCAGACGGCAGGGGAAAAAGUCGGGCCUCCACACCCCAAACGUGUACGUAAAACCGAAGCGCGAGCAGUACAGAAGGAACCCAGUCCAGCAGAAGGUUCAGCAGUUCAAGCGCUUCAUUGAGAAUUACCGCCGUCACAUUGUCUGCUUCAUCAUUGUGUACGGCAUCGUGGCCGGUGUGGCUCUUGAAAGAUGUUACUACUACGGAUUACAGGCCGUCUCCACAGGAAUCCCAGAGACCUCGGUGGUGGGCAUCAUUGUGUCCCGUGGCUCCGCAGCCGCCAUCUCCUUCCUAUUCCCCUACAUGCUCCUGACUGUGUGUCGCAACCUCAUCACACUGUGCCGAGAGACCUUCCUCAACCGUUAUAUCCCCUUCGACGCCGCCAUCGACUUCCACCGCUUCAUGGCCAUGACCGCCAUUAUCCUUGCAGUUGUUCAUAGUUUGGGUCAUGUGGUCAACAUCUACAUCUUCUCCAUCAGUGACCUCAGCAUCCUCUCUUGUCUUUUCCCCAAGGUCUUAUCCAAUAAUGGGUCUGAACUUCCUCAGAAGUGGUUUUGGUGGUUCUUUCAAACUGUGCCAGGGAUGACUGGUGUCUUGCUUCUCUUUACUUUUGCUUUCAUGUAUGUUUUUGCCUCCCACUUUUUCCGCCGCAUCAGUUUUCGUGCGUUCUGGCUCACGCAUUAUCUCUACGUUGUCGUGUACACUCUAACGGUCAUCCAUGGCAGUUUUGCGCUCCUCCAAGAGCCCCGCUUCUACAUCUACCUGAUCCCCCCCGCACUGCUCUUCCUGCUGGACAAGCUAAUCAGCUUGAGCAGGAAGAAGGUGGAAAUCCCUGUGGUCAGGGCAGAGCUGCUCCCUUCAGGUGUGACGCAUCUGGAGUUCAAGCGGCCACAGGGCUUCAUGUACCGUUCGGGCCAGUGGGUUCGUAUAGCGUGCCUAAUGUUGGGCACAGAUGAGUACCACCCAUUCACGCUGACAUCAGCGCCCCACGAAGAGACCCUCAGCCUCCACAUCCGCGCCGUGGGGCCGUGGACCAGCCAGCUCCGAGAGCUGUACACCGAGGAGAGCCUGCUGGAGCUCAGCGGAUAUCCAAAGCUCUACCUGGAUGGGCCAUUUGGAGAGGGCCACCAGGAGUGGAUUGACUUUGAGGUGUCUGUUCUGGUGGGAGGAGGGAUUGGAGUCACCCCGUUUGCUUCUAUUCUCAAGGACCUGGUGUUUAAAUCCUCCAUCAAGUCUAAGAUUCAGUGUAAAAAGGUUUACUUCAUCUGGGUGACACGAACGCAGCGUCAGUUUGAGUGGGUGUCAGACAUCAUCAGGGAGGUGGAGGAGAUGGACACCCUGGAGCUGGUGUCAGUGCACACCUACAUCACUCAGCUGGCCGAGAAGUUCGACCUUCGUACCACCAUGCUGUACGUGUGUGAGCGUCAUUUCCAGAAGGUUUGGAACCGCAGUCUGUUCACAGGCCUGCGCUCUGUUACACACUUUGGCCGUCCGCCCUUUGUGUCCUUCUUCAACUCGCUGCAGGAGGUUCACCCAGAGGUGGGUAAAAUUGGCGUGUUCAGCUGCGGGCCUCCCGGACUGACCAAGAACGUGGAGAAAGCCUGCCAGCAGAUGAACAAGAGGGACCAGGCGCAUUUCAUUCAUCACUAUGAGAACUUCUAACUUCAGCACAGGAUCGUAUGUUACACAAGGAAAGAUGAGCCAAUUUCAACUGGAGCACACUAGUUACUGCAACACCUAAUCAG